AUGAGUUUGGUCGGCAGUUUGCAACUCAUCGUCCCGCCACGGCCGAGAGGCAGCAGCACAAAGCUCUUGUGUUCACUGAAAAACCAAACAACACAACCACUCUCUCCUUCUCCUUCUUCUCAAAUCUCACUCUUACCAAAGCUAAUCUCUUUAGCUCUUGCUCUCUCUCUUAAUUCCUCCACUUCCCCAGCCUUAGCCAUACCUUCUCUCUCCUCUUCUCAGCCUCUCACUACUCCUUUCACCCAAUCCAAGUUCGUUCAGACCGGUCUUCUCAAUGGGCCUUGCCCUUCCACGAACCCAGGAUGUAUAUCAACGAAUCCGACCUCAUCUUCCUUCUCAUUUCCGUUGACCAUCCCAGAAACCGAUACACAGGAUCCCAUUCAGAAGUUGAAGGAAGCAAUAGCGAGGACCCAGAAGAAUCCCAAGUUUGUGGCUAUUGAAGAUACCCCAAACGGGAGAUAUUUGGAGGCGGAGAUAGAAGGAGGAGGUUUUAGCAGAGACGUGAUGGAGUUUUUGGUGAAGCAAGAUGUGGUUGCUUACAGGUGUAUGGCCACUAAGGUUACCUUUGUGUAUCCCUUCACCACUGCUUUUGGAGACUCCAAGGGACAAGAAGAGAGGAUGAAGAAACUCAUCGACGAGCUCGGUUGGUACGCUCCAACUUUUGAAUCCAUGGAGUAG